GCAUACUACCAUACGAUAAAAGAAGUUAAAAACAAACAAACAACUCCUUCACCACUUUCUGUCAUCGGAUGACUUCACGAAGGGGAUCGAAAUUUAUGCAUCAAGCCUGAUCUCAGCCUAAUGUGAUGCACAUGACAAGCAAUGACCUACACGAAAUCCAAGAUAUCGAGGAAUUAUUCAAGAAGACCAUAUCAGGUGUCCACGAAACACCGAGCCUACUCGUAGAAGUCUUUCCAAUAUUGAACUAUCUUCCUAAGAGACUCGCGAAGAGGAAGCAAACCGGUGACUUUAUCCAUAGCAAGGCUAUGGCAAUCUUUACAGAGAAAGCCAAGGCGACUCAUGCCGAUCACACAUGGAAUUAGACCAAGGCCAUCGUCGCUCUAACACAGGCGCAGCAGUUACC